UUGUCAGGAAUCUUCCAAGUGGCUUUCUUUUUUCAUAGAAACAAUCAUCAUUUUUUUCAUUUCUAUUGUGUAGCUUGUUUCAUUUUACUAGUGGUUUGGUGGUAAACAUUUCAAAAAGACUGGAACUAAAUGAACAUUAUUAAUUCAAUUUAAAUUAAUUUCCUAUGCCAUUAAUGCAAGAUGAUAUAGUGUUUGAGGAAUUAUUUAUAGUUCUGUAUCAGUUAUAUAUAUUUAUUUGGACAGAUUAUUUAAAGAUUAAAACAAUGAUGUAUUGAAUAAAUAUGAAAAGAUAAUUGAUUAUGAAUGUAUGUGGAGAUGUGACAUAAUGAGUAAUGCAUAUACAUUUAAACUGUUAUUUAAAUGAUCUAAAUUAUAAAAAAAAGUUAACACAAUGAAAAAUAAUAAAGAAAUGCAGAACCAAAUUAUAGCUCGUCUAAGAUUGUUAUCAGCUGAACGUCAGCGGGAAGCACUUCCAGAGAAGAAUUUACAGAUAGAGAAAUGGGUUCACAGGGUGAAUCAACAUUCUAACCAGUGGCAACCGUCAUCUCCAGUCUUCCCGAGAUUAAAUGAUUCCCAGUCACGUAAAUUAGCACCACUUGAACGUCAGGACAGCGGACUUGAGUCGGCUAGCGUUAGUGGUAUGAGCGCCCCAGCAAAAACACCUAUUCUGUCAGAACGACGUCCGUUACAGUUGACACCGGUACCAUCAAGAUCCAGAUCUUACUCCAGACUUGAACUCCCUGUUUCCGUCCGAGUGUACCGGAAGUCGUGCCGUCGACUCAAAAUCCUACCUGUUCGACGAGUCGUUGGACAGUUUGGCAGACAGCGAAUAAUACUGCACGAUCUGUGCAUGUCGACAUCAGAUGUUCGGGCAACUUGUAAAGGUUUAAUGCACGAGACGUCUGCUACAUACCUUGAUAUUUCCGGUAACUCCCUGUGUGCUGUCGGCUGCGGCUACGUUUUACAAAUGUUAUCUAGGAAUCAAAGUUUCAAAGAGUUGCGCCUUGCGGAAAAUUGCCUUACAGGACCGGGAAUAUGGUCGGUAUUUAAAUAUUUUCAGACGUUUCGAGUGAUUACAGUGUUAGAUAUAUCAGGAAACAGACUUACUGAUCGAGACGGGAUAGUUGUAUCAUAUAUUGUCAAGACAAGCCCACAGCUUCGAGUUUUACACGUACAUCACAACGAGUUCAGAGAACUAGCUGGAAAAGCCAUGGGGAGUGUUAUAGGCAAGUUUCAUGGCUAUAUUUUAUUUGUAUUUCAUAUGACUUAACCUACUGGAACCGAAAUUGAUAAGCCUUUGUCACAGUACAGAAUCAGGCUAGCCUGCACAACCGUGUAAUCUG